AUGUCAGAUAGGAAUUCAAUUAGACCCGGUAUGAGGACAUCAUUAGCUCCCGCUAGGUCAAGAGCUUCAGAUGUGUCAAAAAAGCGCUCUUCUAUAGCUCAUCCUCCAAAUAGUUCUUCAGGUUCUUUUACCAAACCAAAACAAUCAACUACUAGUAAGAGAAAAAGUGAUGUUGAUGGUAAAGAAGAAUCACAUAUAUCGGUUUAUGUCAGAUGCAGAUCUAGAAAUGACAGAGAAAUCAAAGAGAAUAGUGGAGUUGUGGUAUCAACUAUGGGUCAUAUGGGUAAAGAAAUUGUUUUACAAACAGGACCAAUGUCUGUAAGUAAUAAGACAUAUACAUUUGAUAGAGUAUUUGGUGCUGAAAGUGAUCAAGAAAUGGUUUAUGAUGGUAUUGCAAGUGGUGUUUUGGAAGAAAUGCUUCAAGGUUAUAACUGUACUGUUUUCGCUUAUGGUCAAACAGGUACAGGUAAAACAUAUACAAUGAGUGGUGAUAUUGAAAUGAGUGGUACACAAUUAUCAGAAAAUGCCGGUAUAAUACCAAGAACAUUAACUCAAUUAUUCAACCAUUUGGAAAAAAAUCCUGAUUUUUCUGUAAAAAUUUCAUUCAUUGAAUUAUAUAAUGAAGAAUUAAGAGAUUUAUUAAAUAAUGAAACAAAUAGUGAUCGUAAAGUUAGAAUAUUUGAAGAACCAAAUAAGAAAUCCAUCAUGGUACAAGGUAUGGAAGAAAUUUAUGUCAAAUCAGCUGUUGAAGGUAUGAAAGUUCUUGCUGAUGGUUCAUAUAAACGUCAAGUUGCAGCCACACAAUGUAAUGAUUUAUCUUCAAGAUCACAUACUGUUUUCACUAUAACUGUUCAUAUGAAAGAAGUUGAUCCAGUCUCCGGAGAGGAAUAUCUUAAAAUUGGUAAAUUGAAUUUAGUUGAUUUGGCAGGUUCAGAAAAUAUCAAUAGAUCAGGUGCUGAAAAUAAACGUGCAAGAGAAGCAGGUAUGAUUAAUCAAAGUCUUUUGACCCUUGGUCGUGUUAUUAAUGCACUUGUUGAUCAAUCGCCUCAUAUACCAUACAGGGAAUCUAAACUUACAAGAUUAUUACAAGAUUCAUUAGGUGGUAGAACAAAAACAUGUAUCAUUGCAACAAUUUCACCAGCAAAAGUUUCAUUAGAAGAAACCAUAAGUACUUUAGAAUACGCUAAUAGAGCCAAAAAUAUUAAAAAUAAACCUCAAGUAAAUUCAAGUAUGUCUAAAAAGAUGCUUAUCAAAGAAUAUGUACAGGAAAUAGAAAGACUUAGAAAUGAUUUAAAUGCUACUAGAUCUAAGAAUGGUAUAUAUGUUACUGAGGAAAAUUGGCAAAAAGUCACAGCUGAAAGUGAAAGUCGAAGAAUUCAAGUUGAUGAACAAAAAUUAAGAAUGGAUGUUCUUGAGGAACAAAUCAAGAAAUUUAAAACAAAUUUUGAAGCUCAAUUAGAACAAAUUAAUAAAGCAGAACGUGACCUUGAAGACUCAAAACAACAAAAUGAACAAUUAAAUAAAUCAUUGAUAGAUACAACUGAAAAAUUGAAUAAAAGUGAAGAGCAACAUAGAUUUGAGACAUUUGUUAGUGAAGAAUAUAGAACUACAGAAAAUGAACUUCAUAAGAUCGGUGUAUCUUUAACUGGGUUAUUGGAAGAUGUGAUUCAAGAAAAAGAAAUGUUAUAUUCAAGAGUUGAUCAUAAAUCUAAGCUUGAAAAACAAAAUGUUGAAACUUUAGACGUUGAAAAAGAAGAACUAGUGAAAAAAUCUGAAGGUGUCAAUCUAGUUAUAAGCCAAUUCCAUAAAGACAGUACGAAAUUGUCAAAUAUAUUAACUGAUAAUUUCGAAAAAAUGGUUCAUUCUCAACAGUCAAAAAUCAAGUCUAAACGUCAAGAUAUUGAGCAAGUGAAAUCAAACUUUGUCAUCAAUGUUGAUGAAUUGAUAAGAUCCAUUGUUGAUAAAAGCUCUCUAACAACUAAAGAAAUUGAUCAAAUUGAACAUGUCAAACAGGAAAUCAAAUCACAAAUUAUAUCUGAAUUAGAUGAAUUUAAAUUAGAAAACUCCAAGUCAUCACAGUCUUUACUUUCAGAUCUAUCUGCAUUUGAGAAAUUGGUUUCAUUAUGCUUUGAAAAGAUUAACCAACAAGUUAAAACAUCAUUUGAAACUGUUCAAACACAACUAGAGGUUCAAUCAGCUGAAAUUAUAGAUUUGAAAAAUAAACUUUUAGAGCACCAAACAAAAUAUGUUGAUAUGAUCAAACAUCAAACAAUCAAACUAGAAAAUUUCAAAGAGAGUGAAAGAAAGAAGUCUAAAUUUGAAAAACAACAACUACUAGAGAAAAUCACAUCAUUGAUUGACUCUUAUGAUGAAGACAGAAAUAAGAGGGUUGAAGAUGAGCUAGACCAUAUUAAACCUGAACUUGAACAUAUUGCUUCCAAACAAACUGACUUUACCUACAACUUUGAUAAAUUCAUUAGUGAAAAUUGGCUCCAAAAUCAAACUAAAUUUCAAGAACAUUUGAAUGAACAAAAAACUCAAUUCAGUAAUAGUUUAGAAGGCUAUAAUGGUGAUUUACAGAAUAAUACAAGAACAAUAAUGAGUAAUAUUGAAACAAACAAACAAAGCCAGGAAUCCAAGGUUGAAUACACAAUAUCUAAUUUGGACUCUAACAUGGACAGCUUGAACAAUCAUGCACAAAAAUUAAAAGAAAUCAAUGGUCAAUCAUUAGAAUUUUCAACUUCACAAUUAAAUAAUUUUCAAAGAACCAUCACUGAUUCUUUUGCAAGUAUAUCUAAAGAAUUUAAAACAAUUGGUAAAGAGUUGGAGAAUACCAAGCCACAACUUGUUGAUAAUUACUUAUCCAAGCAAAACUCAUUUUUUGAUCAACUUCAAACUAAAACUCAAGAAUCUAUUCAAAGUUUACAAAAACAUAUUUCUUCAAUAAGAUAUUCGGUUGAUGAAGAAGAACCAAUGGUUAAAAGACCUAAAUUUGAAAUACAUAAAGAUUUACCAAAAUCAUUAAGUCGUGAUGAAAUUGAAGAAUUACAUAGGGAAGAAAUUUAUGGGGAAAUUCCAAUUCAAAGAACUAAAACAAAUGAAAGUUCUCAUAGUGAUCAAUUGAUGAUUGAUGCAGAUCAAGAAGAAAAAAAGUCAAUAGCUUCACCAUUAAUGCCAAUUCCUGAUAAACCAUAUAAACAACCUUUAGCCACAUCAACAAGAGAUCUGAAUAUAAUAAGGAAGAAUAGUAAUGAAGCAAAUGAAAAAUUAAAACGUACAAAUUCUUUAACUAGAAAAGAAACUUCAAGACCUGGAUCCGCACAUUCAAAUAGAUCAAAUUAG